CAGCAUUUGCGAAGGUAUUUAUCGCGCUAACGCCCACAUUCUGGAGGUUGAAAAUACUGGUCAACCAUACCCGCAGCUAGUUGCUGUUUCGAAAACAAAGCCUCCAGAACUUGUUAUAGAAGCAUACGAUGCUGGCCAAAAAGUGUUUGGAGAAAACUACCUUGCCUGCCCGGAAAUACGAUGGCACUUUAUUGGGAAACUACAGUCUAACAAAGUGAAGCUGCUUGCUUCUGUUCCAAAUUUGGCCAUGGUGGAGACCAUAUCCAGCUUCAAAAUCGCAAACUUACUCGACAAUGCCUGGAAAAGGGUGUGUAGCAGACCUCUUGAUGUCUUAAUCCAAGUCAACACCAGCGGGGAGGAGCAAAAAGGUGGGGUUGUUGUCUCGGAACUUGUCGAUUUAUACAAAGCUGUCUCUAGUAGUUGUCCGUACCUUAAUUUGUGCGGAUUAAUGACGAUCGGAAGGUACGGAUAUGACGAGAUUUCCGGACCUAAUCCCGAUUUUUCGUGUCUGUACGAUUGCAGAAAUAGAGUGUGUGAUGCACUGGGCUUACCGAAACAUUCGCUUCAUUUAAGCAUGGGAAUGUCCUCAGACUAUGAAACUGCUGUAAUGAUGUUUGACGGUGAAAAGUUUCCAGUUGGACCUGAUGGUAAACCUCUGAAGCCUUGCUGUGCAUGCCCCGACACUCGAAAGGCACGGGACGAAUGUAUUGUGCAGCGCGGGGAAGAAAAUUGCAAAGACUUGAUUGAAGCGCACUUGGCCUGUCUUCGUUCUCUUGGCUUUAGGAUCUAG